UCCUUGUUCCUGCUGAGAGAUAACAGAAUUGUGUAGAUGGACGCAGCGUACGGCAGAACUGACUAGAGUGUAGGGGAGAAAGAUGUCCCUGCUUUGAGCAACGAGCAAGUGCUCUGUAUGGUAAUGAAUGCGGGGGUGGUGUUAAUUGUGUGUAUGUGCUGGUGUGUGAGCGUGUGUGUGUGGGUUUGGGGGGGGGGGGGGGGGGGGUUGUGUAGAAUGUGUAUAGUCAUGAUGUGAGUGUGAACACGGCGUGCGCAUGUGUACCUCGCACAUAUGUGCACGUGUGUGUGUGUGUGUGUUUCUGUGUGUGUGGAGGGAGCACGGCGGAGUAGUGUUAAAUGGGGAAAGAAUGAGUGUGACCGUGUGUGUGUGUGGUGGAGGGGGGGGUGACUUUGUCGUGUGUGUCUGCCUCAAUGCACCCCUCUGGCAGACAGAGAGAGAUAGGGAGAGAGGGAGUGGGAGAGGGGGAGAGAGCAAGAGAAUUUGCUCAACCACAGUCGCCGUGGCGGUGUGUGAGAGAGGAGUUGUGUCCUAGCCCUCUGUGGGAGUACGAUAGUGAGUGAGUGGAAAUAGGAAUGAUUCAUCCUCUGAGACCAGAUGAGCGACCAGUAAGAUUGCCCCUAGAAAAGCAACACAUCGAGAUGGAGAGGAUGGGUCCUAUUUGACCCACUUUUGAUUAUUAUUAAAGAAAAACCGUUACUAACAAGAAGAGAGUCAGGAUUUCCUUUUAAGGAAGAGAAAAACAUUGACAACGUUGAUUCUUUGUCCAUCUAUUUUUUUUUUAAGUGAAAGGCUUGAAGAUAAACUACUGAACUGUUGACCAGAGGAGAAUCCUUUCUUCAGCUGCAAACAGUCAAAGAGAAUGUUGCUGUUUGAUCAGAUGGCAGAGAACAAGGAGGUGUCUUUGCGGUUUUCUGUAAGAGGCUGAGACUUUGCUUGCCUUGGAACAUCUUUCGUCUUUGUUUUGUUUCUCUUUUUAUUUUUUCUCCAGUUGAGCUAAGCUCACGACCCUGAACAAAAAGCCAACGAAAGAACUGUACUCCAACCAUGCUGUGUGGUCUUAGGAGAGAUCCAAAGAGCAGCAUUGACGAUGGGCCCUACUCCAAGGGAGGCAAGGACUCUGGGAGCGGGGACCACCACAGCCAUGCCUCCCAGAGACGCAGCCUCACAGAGGAGUACCGCGGGCUGACCACGGUGGACCUGAUGAAGAGGGAAGGAAGUAGCCUGGGCCUCACCAUCUCAGGGGGCUCCGACAAGGACGGCAAACCCAGAGUGUCCAACCUACGGCCAGGUGGGCUGGCUGCCAGAAGCGACCAGCUGAACGUGGGAGACUACAUCAAGUCUGUGAACGGCAUCAACCUGUGCAAGCUGCGGCACGACGAAAUCAUCAGCCUCCUGAAGAACAUCGGAGAGCGCGUGGUGCUGGAGGUUGAGUACGAGCUGCCCCAGACUGUCCAGAACCCUUCGGGGAUGCUCACCAAGACGAUAGAGGUCUGCUUACACAAGGAAGGGAACAGCUUCGGAUUCGUCAUGAGAGGGGGCUUCCAUGAAGACUGGCACAGGUCUCGCCCUCUGGUGGUGACUUAUGUUAGGCCCGGUGGUCCUGCUGACAGGGAGGGCACGCUGAAGGCGGGCGACCGCGUGCUGAGCGUGGACGGGCUACCGCUGUCCAGAGAGAAGCAUGCCGACGCCCUCACUGCCCUGAUGCAGAGCAGCCAGGAGGCCCUGCUCCUUAUAGAGUAUGACGUGUCCGUCGUGGAGGCAGUGCAGCAGGCGUCGGGCCCCCUGCUGGUGGAGAUAGCCAAGGGCCCCUCCAACGCCGGCCUGGGCAUCAGCCUCCACACCGCCGUGUUCAGGAACAAACAAGUCAUCAUCAUAGACAAGAUCAAGGGCGCCAGUGUGGUGGAAAGGUGCGGCGCGCUGCAUCUGGGUGACAUCCUGCUGUCCAUAGACGGCACCAGCACGGAGCACUGCUCGCUCAUGGAGGCCACGCAGCUGCUGGCCAGCACCGCCGACGUGGUCAAGCUAGAGAUGCUCCCGGCCAAUCAGAGCAGACUUCCCAUCAGGCCCCAGGACACGGUCAAGGUGCAGAAGAGCAACCAUCAUCACUGGGAGCAGAGCUACUGCCCCCCUCCUCCUCUACCUCCUCCUCUGCAACACGCGGGCCACGGGAAGCCAUGGAACAGCCCGAGCCACUCACACAACCACCAGGACCACUGCAAAUCUCUGGUGAGCGGUGGCUUCUCCCCUUCCUCCACAGUCACCUCCGGGUUCAGCAGCCAGGGCAGCAGCAGCCUGCCCUGCCCCGCGCCCAGCGUGGCCCCCGGCAGCCCCCGCGGCUCCACGGGCAAGAGACGGCACCGCACCAAGGACCACAAGAGCUCCCUGUCUCUGGCGUCCAGCUCGGUGGGCCCGGGUGGGCAGGUGGUCCACGUGGAGACCAGCGAGGUGGUCCUGCGGGGGGAUCCGCUCACGGGCUUCGGCCUGCAGCUGCAGGGGGGGGUCUUCGCCACCGAAGCUCUGUCGGCGCCCGCGGUGGUCCGCUUCAUCGAGCCCGACAGCCCCGCCGAGAGGUGUGGGUUGCUGCAGGUGGGGGACAGACUGCUGUCCAUCAACGGCAUCCCCACGGAGGAGGGCACCCUGGAAGAGGCCCACCAGCUGCUCCGAGACGCCGCCCUGGCCAACAAGGUCACUCUGGAUCUGGAGUUUGACGUUGCAGAGUCGGUGGUUCCCAGCAGUGGCACCUUCCACGUUAAGCUCCCCAAGCGGAGAGGGGUGGAACUGGGGAUCACUAUAAGCGCAAGCAAGAAACCAGACAAGCCUCUGAUCAUCUCUGACAUAAAGAAAGGCAGCAUAGCACACAGAACAGGCACCCUGGAGCCCGGGGACAUGCUGCUGGCCAUCGACAACGUGCGUCUGGAGCACUGCACCAUGGAGGACGCCAUGCACGUCCUGCAGCAGGCCGAGGACAUGGUGAAGCUUAGAGUGCAGAAGGACGAGGACAACAUGGACGAGCUGGAAAUGUCGGGGUCCAUCAUCUACACGGUGGAGCUGAAACGCUACAAUGGGCCUCUGGGCAUCACCAUCUCGGGCACAGAGGAGCCCUUCGACCCCAUUGUGAUCUCUGGCCUCACCAAGAAGGGUCUGGCGGAGAGGACCGGUGCCAUCCAUGUGGGGGACCGGGUCCUGGCGAUCAACGGGGUCAGUCUGAAGGGGAAGCCGCUCAGCGAGGCCAUCCAUCUGCUUCAGAUGGCCGGCGAGUCGGUCACGCUCAAAAUCAAGAAGCAGGUGGACAAGCGAGAAGCCCAGCAGUCUGUAGAGCAGACAGGGUUCCUGAGCGACCCAGAGGAGGACUUCCUGAACGACUCCCAGAAGGCCGGCAAGUGCUGUGAGGUCUAUUCGGCCAACGUUCCCAGUAUAGACUCGGCCAUGAGCUCCUGGGACGGCUCCGGGUUCGAUGCCGGAUACUGUAGCCAAGGGACGUACCUCCACAAGGCGUCGGACCUGACGCUGAAUCCCAGCGAGUGGCGGAACACCAAACACAGAGGCAACGCCGGCAGCACGCGGCAUCAGCACGCCACCGCUGCGUACGACCGCAGGUUCACCGAGGAGGAGUGGGACAAGGGGCCUGGAUUUGUCAGCCCCCCUCGUGGCCACGGCGCCCUCCCCCACCAGGGAGACAGCUUCUGGUCCCAGGCCCUGCAGGACCUUGAGACCUGUGGCCAAUCGGAGAUCAUCAGAGAGCUGGAGGCCUCCAUGACGAGCAGCAACCUUAGCCUGUACUUGGACGAGACAAAGUCCCACGAGGACUCUGUGUUCCAGACCACGCUGAGGAGGGAGGGGCCCCGCGACGAGCCCAGGGCCAAGGGCUCACUGGGCCGCUCCGCCGGGGCCAGGCAUGCCCCGGCAAUGGGCAGCAUGGGGAACGGAGGCCUGACCGAAAACUUGUCCCCCACCGCUCUGGAGCUGCACAAGGUGACCCUGAGGAAGGGCCGUGAGAGCUGCGACUUUGGCUUCAGCGUGUCGGACGGCCUCCUGGAGAAGGGGGUGUUCGUCAACAUGAUCCGUCCGGACGGCCCCGCCGACCAGGCGGGGCUGAAGCCCUACGACCGCAUCCUGCAGGUGAACUGCGCUCGGACCAGAGACUUUGACUGCUGCCUCACCAUCCCCCUCAUCAUGGAGGCAGGGGACGGCCUGAGCCUGGUGAUCAGCCGGAACCCAUCGGGGCACGACAACGGGCUCCCGGACAGUCGUGAGGACCACUUCAACACUGGGUUCUGCUUGCCGGAGCGCCGGUCCAACAGCGUGGCACUGUGACCAAGGUCAAUGAUCCCAGCAAUAAACAUUAGGCUUUUGGAAUGCUUGGCCUAGCACAAAAACACAACACACAUGCACACAAACACUCACAUGUGUACAGCCACAUCCACAUCAAGCAUGUCACGCACACGGGUUUUGAGUUUGUUGUUAUUGCGCAUUCAGCCCCCUCCCCCACACACACCAUUGCACUACUUACUCGCAGCUACACAGCAAAUCAACAUGCACAGAAUGGUUCCUUGCACAAAUGUCUUCACUCACUCGUGUGUGUUACAGUUUAAGGCACCCGCUCACAUUCACUCCUGCUUGUUCCAGAGCAGCCAGAGCCAUCCCCUCGGAGGCAAAGCGCAACACACACACGCACACGCACACGCACACGCGCACAACAUUACAUAACCAGGGAUUCGUAGCUCCUGACUUAGCCGGUGCUAAGUACACACAUCUCACAUGCAAAACACGACUCAGGAUGCAUUUGAACACAACACGCACUUUUCCCUCACAAAAGUCCCCAACCACUGUGUCUUUGAUGGCUUUGCUUUGUCAGUUUGAGUCAGCAACACGCGUGGCGUUUUUUGGGACAUUUUACGACACAAGCCUCCUGGGUUCACGCACCUGGGCACAUCGUUUGAUUUUUAUUAUUUUAUUUUUCUCCACCAUUGUACAAGCGCACCACAUGCACACUCGUGUAAGCCAGUGAUGUUUUUUUGUUCAGACUUAUUACCGUCAAGCUCACCAAUCCCUGUCACUUACCAAUCGAUCAAAUAUGGUGUGAUCUAACCCUAAACAUCCAUGAAAAUGGCAAUGAGAAUUAAUGGCUUCCAAAGUUUGUUUGCGUUUUGAAGUUUUGUAUUUUACACAUCAUCUUUGCCUUUUAUGUUAUUUAAAGACAUUUUCUCUCUUAUUGAUGUUCUGGAGAUCAAAGUCUGUUUUUGAUUAUUUCAUUCCUUAUCCAAGUUGGGGUUUAUGUAAACAGCUCCAUGAGGCAAUGCACCAGAGUGACCGGCCGUGACACUGACUUUGGUGUUUCUCUAAUGCUCUGUGGUUGGAGAUCAAUCAGUCCGGUGGCCCAUAUGGGAUGAAUAACACAUGUUUCAUCAAUGAACAGUAAAUAAUUCUGUUGUUGUGGUGUGGAACGUAAGAGUCAAACUCUUGUUUUAUGAGGCAUUUCUCCCCACAACGGUUGUCCCCUGAUGUAUGUAUGAGAUACUGUGCAUGCUCAGCAUGCAUCCUAAGGAAGGACCAGUCCUCCAACCGUUUGCCCAUGUUCCUGAGAGGUUUUGUGAAGACCAAGACAGGUUUAGUUUCUAGCCGACCACUUCAGAGAAAAUCUGAGUCUACUUUUAACAAUGUGUUAACUGCCAUAAAUAGGCUACGUGGGGAUAUUUAAGCCACAUUCCCGUUUCUAUGCAGCUUUGGAGGGGUCUUAGACCUUGGGACAGUAUUUUUACAAGUUAUUUCCAUAUGUUAGGUAUUCAGUGUCGGUGUUUUCAGCUGCCAGUAUUUAUGCUUUUAUUUGACAUGGCCAAGAUUCAGAAACCUUGUGUUCCAAAACCACGUAGCCUGUAAUCGUAGUUUUAUUUUUUUACUGACAUGCAUGUGUGCUCUGUGUGAGAUGUGAAUGAUGUUGUAUAGUUUUGUCCCCCCUGACCCCCACCAUUCUAUGAUAGAACUUUAAAAGGGAAUUUAAGAUUAUUUUUAUUUUUGUUAUACUUUAAUAUAAACUAAUGUAUUUCUUUUAAUUAAAUUCCAUGUGAAAUUAAACCUCUUAAGUCAAGUCAGUCUUUUUCUUGAUCUGAAAGGUUUGACAAAUGACGUUAGAGGCUCAAUAAAUAUUUUACCUGUGAUCGAGUUCAUUACAAGUGUAUCAGUCUCAGGAUAGCAACUGUUGCUAACCAUGAAGCUAGAUGUAUCACUUUGCUCAAAGGUCAGAGACACCACCAAAUUAUCCAGUCUUCCCUUACGAGUUGUUGGGGAAAAUAUACAGCAUUGGCUGCUACUGCUUGAAUAGCAAUUGAGCCGUGACAUGCACUUCUUUGAGUGUAUGGUUGUUUGUAAUGUCCAAGGAGGAAGUUUAUUUCGAUUUGUUAUCACACGUAAGCCCUUCAUUACAGAAGAAAGCAGUUUGAAGUAAGACACAGACACACAAAUCUAAAGAAAAGAUUUUAAUUUUUUUGUAAUCUAUCAAGAAAUAAUGCAAUAUGCAUCUUAAAAAAGGGGAUGAUGAGACAUACUUUGGUACAUUUUAUUUCAUGCUCCAGCAGGAGCCAUUUUCUAUAUUUGAUUUGCUGCACAUUUAUUCCACAUUUAUUCAGAUAGAGUCCUCAUGACGUAAUGUGGCUCAGUACUCAAUAUGCACUUGUUUAAAAGUUAAAACAUUUUGGCUGGAUACUGUUUAAAUAGGCAAUUUCCCUACAAUUAUCGAAUACAGUCAUAAACAGCAUUGCUAUACUGAUCGUUUAGGAUACAAAUUGCUUUCAAUAUUCCGAAAAAUCAGAUGAAAUUAUUUCAGCCAGGUUUACAAUAAAAAUGCUGGAUACAAAUGGCAGUAAUCAAUCAGUCAAUGUGUUACAGAAAGUAAUUAGUUACAGAGUCUAUAUGAUGCACAGUAUAAAAUGGUUACAAAAGGCAUGUGUGUUUUUACAUACAAGUUACAAUUCUACGAUACCAUUGCCUACAUGGGACAUGAGACACUCCAGUGAUAUGCUUGCAUGGUACACAUUUAAACAGCACGACCAGGAGCCACAUGAACACAGCGGAGAACAUUGUUUUGAACGUUGUAGACUUUUAGAGAAUUUACAGUUCUUACCGUUUGUCCUUUCCUUCCUUUCAUGAUGGUGAACUCGGUUAUUUGAUUCUGAAGUUCGUUUUAAGGAUAUUUUCUGCUUUUAUUCUACUUGGAAAGUAAAUAUGCAGCAGCCUAAAUGUAAAUGUAAAGUUAUCCCUAUCAGAAUAGUAGACGCUAAAAUAUGACCUCCUGAAAUGUUUUUUCUUUUUUGAAUGAUAAAAACACAAAACUAAAAAUAAAACUUCAAACAUAAAGUGCAAAAAGUUUCAAUAAAUGCACUGGGACGGACUGGAAGUCACUGGCAGCGUAUAAAAUA